AUGUCCAAGCAAACGAUUCAAAAAUUGAAAAUUAAAACCGGAAGUUGCAACCGAUGCUUCAAAGAAUACAACUUGUAUAAAGUUGAGCUUCAAAAGGAAUUGGAACGACUCACCACCAUGCAAAAUAAAGGAGAAGAGGAAACUAAAUUGAGACAACAACAAAAUGUGAUUGAGGAAACCAAGCAAAUGAUUCCAAAUUCUCAAUCCCGAUUACAACAAGCCUACUCUGAUUUGAAGAAGUUUUUAGAAGAAGUGAAAGAUGACCAAACUUUGCUUGAAACACCUGAAUACAAAACUGCCCUGACCGCAAUUUCUCAAGUCGAGGAAUCGAACAAUGUAACUCCAUAA